CACACACACACACACACACACAUGGUCUCUCUCACACACGCGCCUUGCAGGAAGUACAGGCGGGAGGAAAUGACUUGUGAGGCCUCGUUCUGCCGCCCGACAGCUUCCCUCCCACUCCUGCUCACACACCGUCCCAGCGCCUGCUGCCAUGAGGGUCCAGAUCUCCAUAUUGUUCUUGUUCCUGGGCCUGGUCCCGGGCCUGGUUCUGGCUCAGCAAGAUAACUCCAUGAAGGAUGUCGUAGCGAUGACUUUGCUGGCUGAGACAACCCUUGCAGGUGAGCAGGAGGCAAUCGUCACCCCGAGGCCCAAACUGGGGCAGGACUAUGGCGUCAUGACCCCGUCUGACCCCAACUUGGAUUUGAGAGCCACCACAGGGUCUGGAGGCUCCAGUUCCAGCAGCAUGAGCACAACCACUUCAGGCCCCAAGAGGCCUAAGACCCAGGUGAUGAGCCGCAGAGAGCAUGGGAGCUCGGCCAGAUCAGGAGCCGGCCAGAGCCAAGAGGAAAUCUUCUCUUACGAUUACCACUCCCUGCGCAAGUGGGGCCUGAUAGCUGCUGCCAUCCUCUUCGUCCUGGGCAUCCUCAUCCUCACCUGUGGUAAAUACGGGAAGUUCCCCGGAUGUGGGGGCCGGAAGCGGAGGAGCACCUACAAUAUCUCACGGCUCUGAGGCACCCCCUGCUGGGGGAUCCCUGUGGGGCCAGACACUGCUUGGAGGGGCUGGCUCGGAGCCCCACAGCGAUGCUGCAUGCCUGAGGGGGCUGGGGCAGAACCAGCAGCAUAGAACAGGGAUCUGCUUAGUGCCCCCGGCUCCCUCCUCUGUGAUUUGCCUAUCAGACCCCUGACUCAGAUCACCCCCGCCCAUCCCCUCUAGACCCCAGCCAACUCCCCAGCCUGGAUCCUCCAUCCCUCUCUUUUCCCCCUCCCAGCCUUGUCCCCCGAUCCCUGUCCCCUCCCUCUCCCAGCCUUGUUCCCCCAUCUCUGUCCCCUCCCCCUUCCUGGCCUGGAUUCUCAUUCUUGUCCCCCCUUCAGGCCUUAUCCCCCCCAGUCUGAGUCUCCAGCCUGCACCUGGCCUGUCCCCCGCAUCCCUGUUCCCCCAACCUGUCUCUGAGCGCCGGUCGCCCUGUGUUGUAUUUUGAUGACAUUAAAUGACUCCCUCUGGGGAA